AUGGCAGACACACUCAUCCAACCAGAGGUUGAAUCGAACGCCGGCACCCUUGAGCUGAAAGACAAUACGGUCAUUGUCGUCCUUGGAGCAUCCGGCGACUUAGCAAAGAAGAAGACUUUCCCAGCUCUAUUCGGACUCCACCGAAACAAUUUCCUCCCAAAGAACAUCAAAAUCGUUGGGUAUGCGCGGACGAAAAUGGAUCACAGCGAGUAUCUACGGAGGGUUCGACAAUAUAUCAAGACUCCCACAAAGGACAUGGAGAAACAGUUGGAUGAGUUCUGCGAGAUGUGUUCGUACAUCUCUGGACAAUAUGACCAGGACGACUCGUUCAUCAACUUGACGAAGCAUCUCGACGAGCUGGAAAAGGGGCGCAAAGAGACAAAUCGAGUAUUCUACAUGGCUCUGCCGCCAAGCGUCUUCAUUGAUGUGUCAAGGCACCUGAAGAAGAACUGCUACCCUAAGAAGGGUAUUACUCGCGUUAUUGUCGAGAAACCCUUCGGAAAGGAUCUCGAAAGCUCGCGAGAGCUCCAGAAGGCGCUUGAACCAGACUGGAAGGAGGAUGAAAUCUUCCGUAUCGACCACUACCUCGGGAAAGAAAUGGUGAAAAACAUACUCAUACUACGCUUUGGUAACGAAUUCUUCGGAGCCACCUGGAACAGGAACCACAUCGAUAACGUGCAGAUCUCAUUCAAGGAACCAUUCGGCACAGAAGGACGCGGUGGGUACUUUGAUGAGUUUGGUAUCAUCCGUGACGUUAUGCAAAACCAUCUACUGCAAAUCCUUACACUUCUCACUAUGGAACGCCCUAUCUCUUUCUCUGCCGAAGAUAUCCGCGACGAGAAGGUCCGCGUGCUCCGUGGUAUGCCUGCUCUGGAGCCCAAGAACGUUAUCAUUGGCCAGUACGGCAAAUCGCUCGAUGGCAGCAAGCCAGGCUACAAAGAGGACGAUACUGUACCAAAGGAUUCUCGAUGCCCAACUUUCGCCUCUAUGGUUGCAUACAUCAAAAAUGAACGAUGGGACGGCGUGCCUUUCAUUCUCAAGGCUGGCAAAGCGCUCAAUGAACAAAAGACAGAGGUCAGAAUCCAAUUCAAGGAUGUCACUUCUGGUAUCUUCAAAGACAUUCCUCGCAAUGAACUCGUCAUUCGCGUGCAGCCAAACGAAAGUGUCUACAUCAAGAUGAACUCCAAGCUACCAGGUCUAAGCAUGCAGACGGUUGUGACAGAGCUCGACUUGACCUAUAGACGACGGUUCUCGGACCUUAAGAUUCCAGAGGCAUAUGAAUCUCUCAUCCUAGACGCGUUCAAGGGUGAUCACUCGAACUUCGUCCGCGACGACGAGCUUGACGCCAGCUGGAGAAUCUUUUCCCCUCUCCUACACUAUCUUGAUGACAAUAAGGAAAUCAUCCCUAUGGAAUACCCCUAUGGUUCUCGAGGGCCGGCAGUUCUGGAUGAUUUCACUUCAUCGUACGGCUACAAAUUUAGUGACGCCGCUGGCUACCAGUGGCCGGGCAACGCUGAGCAGAACAAGCUAUAA